CCGCCGCCGCCAGCCACAAGCCCCGGCGGCUUCCCCCCUAAUCCCGCACGCCUGACCGCAGUCCCGUCGACGUCUGCGUGUGACCACAAGGUCCAUAUACGGCCCCUUCGCAAAGUGGCGUGGUAGGAGAGCGACCGACCAAGUUGAGGCUUGACGACACCAUACUGCCGGGUAACAAGUGAACAUCACUCGUCAUGUCUCUGAAGCAGGAAAUCGAAACCUGGGUGGCAGCCCUCGCCAGCUACGACAACAACGAAUUCGACGUUGCUCUCAAGGUCUUUGAGCAAAUCUCCGACACAUCCAAGAUUCUGUUCAACUGCGGCGUAAUCCAUGCCACACUCGGCGAGCACGAGAAGGCGGUCGAAUGCUACCAGCGCGCUGUGCGUCUGGACCAGUACCUCGCUGUCGCAUACUUCCAGCAGGGCGUGUCCAACUUUCUCAUGGGCGACUUUGAGGAGGCCCUCGCCAACUUCAACGACACACUUUUGUACCUGCGCGGAAACAACAACAUCGACUACGAACAGCUGGGCCUGAAGUUCAAGUUGUACUCCUGCGAGGUCCUCUUCAACCGCGGUCUCUGCUACAUCUAUCUCCAACAGAGAGACGCUGGUCUGCAGGAUCUGUCGUUCGCUGCCAAAGAGAAGGUUGUUCCUGACCAUGAUGUUAUCGACGAGGCCAUUCGCGAGGAAGCCGAGGGCUAUACCGUCUUCUCUAUUCCAGUCGGAAUCGUGUACCGCCCCAACGAGGCCAAGGUCAAGAACUUGAAAACCAAGGACUAUCUUGGCAAGGCCCGUCUUGUUGCUGCAUCUGACCGGUCCAACGCAUUUACCGGGUUUACUGGCGCAGAAAUCAAGAAGGGUGGGCAGGCUGCCAAGGACGAUAGGACCGAAGACAAGAUUUCAUACGCUGCGACCAACCUGGUCAAGCCCGAACUCCAGAGUAGAGCACGCCAGCAGUCGGAACCCCCGCUCAACCGUAAUGUAUUCCCACCCACACCCCCGCCGGAGACGGACAGGCGAUCUGCUGGAGAACGGUCUGCACCAGGCGCCAAUGCUCCCAUGAGCCGCGCACAGUCUGUACGCGGCGGUGGUCCCAAGCCCCAGCCUCUGAACCUUGGACGUGCCGCUUUCGACCAGCCAAGCAGCCAAGAGCCACCCCGCCGCCAGCCUACGCAGCGCUCUGCCUCGGAGCGCCCGCCCCCAGGCCGCUCAAGGUCCAUGCGUGAUCGUGGACAGCGUGACCCACGCGAUAGGGACAUGCGUGAUAGGGACGCACGGGAUCGCGAACCCCGUGACGUCCGCGAUCGCGACGCACGAGACCGUGAUAACCGUGAUCGUGACUACAGCAGGACACGCCGCCGUGGUUCUGAUGAAGACAUUAUUGACGACUACUAUGACACGGACGGCUAUCCGCCGGCGCGCUCAAGCCGUGGCGCGUACUCUCGCUCAAAACAGAGCAGACGACCGGCGUACAUUGAAGAAGAGGAGGAGGAUGACUACGACGGUAGUGAUCUGGACGAUGCCGAGUUCGAGAUGAUGUCACGUACCAAGUCAAGAAGACGAUCGCCUGCGAGGUCCACUAGGUCUGGUGGGGCCAGCAAUCGCGGAGGCGCUAGCAAGAUCAAAGUCAAGGUUCACUCCAAUGACACACGCUACGUCUUCAUCAGCUCGGAUCAGUUGAUCGGCGAAUUUUGGCAACAAAUUCGCGAGAAGUUUGGCGUACGCAACAAGUUCAAGUUGGAGUUUGAGGAUGACGGCGACAUGAUCACCAUGGCCGACCAAGACGAUCUGGAUAUGGCCAUCCAGGCGGCCAAGUCUCAUGCCAGGAAGGAAGGCAUCGAUGUACCGAAGAUGGAGGUUUGGGUUAGAGAAGUAUAGAUCAGAGAUACCCCAGCAUAAUGCAUUUUACGACAUAUUUGUCUUUGUUCUUUUCGGAUGCCUACUUGAUUGGGCCUGGCUAUUGUCAUGUUGGAUAUUUGCCCCCUUUCUUGUGUGUUGUAUUUGUAGCGGGCAUAAUGCCGGGUCUUUUAUUUUUCUUCUGCAUAAAAACCCAUUUUGUACACCCAUUUUUGACAGCCGGACUGUUGAUCCGCAUACAAGCAUGAGAGCAACCU